AGCCAGCCCUAACUCGGUGCUUUUGCUUUUUCCAUUUGGAAGUUACUCAUCACCUUCAUCAAUUCAGAGGUUUCGCUCUCACGGUUUAUCGUGUAACCAAUUCGGAUUCCUCCUUCCGAAGCUUUCCUAAAGAAAAAGGAAAUUCCAACGGAAGAAAAUCAAGAAAGAAAAGCAAAUAAGGAGAGAGAGAGAGAAGGCGCCGAAUCCGAAGAUGACGCUCAAGAUCUUGAUUAUCGGCGCAGGCGUGUGCGGCCCCGCGUUCGCGACACUGCUGCGCCGCGCCGACCCCUCUCUGUCGAAAUAUGAGAUCACUAUCGUCGAGCGCGCUGAGAAGUUGCGCGAGACGGGGCUGCAGAUUGAUUUGCGGUCUCAUGGGAUUCCUGUUGCUAGGAAGAUGGGGCUCCUAGAAGCAAUCCGCCACCGCGCGGUCCCAGAACAAGGCGUAGCCUUCGUCGACAGCACAGGCAAGCCCUACGCGAAGUUCGGCAAGAACGACUCGGGCCACGGACGCCAGGCCUUCUCCUCCGAAUACGAGAUCAUGCGCGGGGACCUCGUAGACGUGUUCUACCGCGCCAGUCUCGGCCUCUCCCCCGAGGGUGAAGGCGAAGACGAAGCACCCGCCGUAUCAGGCGUCGUGACCAACGGCAACGUGCGCUACGAAUUCGGCACGACUAUAACCUCCCUUUCGCAACACUCGGCGGAGAAGGUCUCGGCGACAUUUUCCACCGGGCGCACGGACGAAUACGACCUCGUCGUCGGCGCGGACGGGCAAUCCUCGCGCACGCGCAGGAUGCUUCUCGGCAGCCAAGAAGCGAGCGACGCGUGUUUCAAGUCCCUCGACCUCUUAUCCGCGCUAUAUCUCGUGCCGCGCAGCGCGCAAGACAACGCGUGGAUGAACGUCCACCUGAUGUCCGGCCGCCGCGGACUCUUCACGCGGUCGGCGGACACGAAGGCGGCGACGACGCAGGUGUACAUGGCCGUCAGCACGAGUCGGUCGGAGGACAAAUACGGGGUGUGCACCGCCGUGCGCGAGAAAUCCCCCGCGGAACAGCGGGCGGUGUUCGCGAGGGCGUACGCGGACCAGCACGGGUGGCGGACCGACGAGUUCGUGCGCGCGCUGACGCGCGAGACGCCGCUGGAGGACUUCUACGCCACUGAGAUCGGACAGGUGCGGUGCGCGAGGCUGGCCGUGGGCCGCGUGGUGUUGCUCGGGGACGCGGGAUACUGCCCCUCGCCGAUCACGGGCAUGGGGACCACGCUGAGCCUGGUCGGCGCGUAUAUCCUCGCCGGCGAGCUCGCGAGACACGGGUCGUCCGACGGGGUCCCCGCGGCCCUGCAGUCGUAUGCGCGCGGCGUCCGGCCGUACGUGGACGAGGCGCAGAGGCUCCCGCCCGGGCUACCCGGGCUGUUGUAUGCGGAGACGAGCUGGGGGCUGUGGAUCCUGACGACUGUGCUCUCGGUGAUUGCGAAGUCGAGGAUUGCGGAUGUGCUCGUGAGGCUUAUGCCGGAGACUUCGAGCCGGGAUCAGAUCCCGGAGUAUCCGGAGUUGAAUCUGGGGAACGAGAAGUGAGACAGACGUGAGAUGAGUCCUCGCGUAUAUGGACCUGGCUGUUCUACCUGUGGGAGCAGGUCUAGAGGUGUUGGGGUUGAAUACACCUUUCUGUAUAAUACUUAUGAUGGUGAUGAUGGAUGAAUCAUGUCUAAUAUAGGUAAUUUCACUUGUUGCGAGUAAUAACGAUAACCCCCCUUCUGGUCCCUCAUCUCAGCAGUACAUAAUCCGAAAGCAACUCGUGAAACAAUCAUAUCCUAUACAUCAUAUUCCUCGAUAAAAUUAGCCAUAUCCCUAAGUCUAAUAACCCAUAAUGAUAUUUCCUUCCCCCCCUUCUCAAGUAGCAAGAUAACGAAUGACAGAGGACCCCCCACCAAAAACUCCCAUACAAAUACCCGCCGCCCUUCGCUAUUUGGAGCA